AUGCAGAUGGGCUCAUCCGACGACUCCCCCGCAAAACGGAAGCGAGCAGACGAGGACCCGCCGAGCAGCAGCAGACUGCCCAAGCGGCGGGUGGCCGUGCUCGUCGGAUACUACGGGCGAGGAUACCAGGGAUCGCAGAUCAACCCCCACACGACCACCAUCGAGGGCACCCUCUUCCGCGCAUUCGUAGGACUCCAGAGAGCCGCCCGCACCGACGCCAACGUCUCGGCCUGCUGCAACCUCAUCUCGCUCAAGCUGAUCCUCAAUCCACCCGGAAUCGAGCAACAACCGGGCGAACUCGAUCCACUCCACAAAGCACUCAUCGAACAGCACUCACAGACCUCGCACUAUCCACUCAUCAGGCACAUCAACCGAUUCCUGCCCGCCGAGCUCAGGGUCUGGGAGAUCCUCAGGGUCCAGAACUCAUUCAACCCGCGCUCGCUCUGCGACUCGAGGGUCUACGAAUACUCACUCCCCACCUGGCUGUUCCUGCCCCCGAAGCCCGGCUCACCCCUCCACCAGCGAUUCAGCCAGAACCACGCCCAGGGGAUCGGCCAAGAAGACCCCGAAGCGGCCUGGUGGGAUGUCCACUCGGACCUGCUCGAGAAGGACUUCAAAGCGAUCCAGGCAGAGAGGCGGGGAUCCUACCGAAUAUCCCACACCAUGAUCGCCCGCAUCCAAGCCGUCCUCGACCAGUACAAAGGCACCCACAACUUCCACAACCUCACCGUCGCCAAAGCGUUCACCGAGCGCAAUGCAGUCAGAAUCAUGAAACACUUCUCCGUCUCCGAGCCAUUCCUAGUCGCCGCUUCGGACCCGAACGACCAUCCCACCGAAUGGAUCUCGAUCACUUUCCACGGUCAGAGCUUCAUGCUCCACCAGAUCCGGAAGAUGAUCGGCCUGCUCGUCCUGGUAUGUAGGACUCGGACCCCAGUGACGAUCAUCAACAAGCUCUACGGCCCGAAGAAGGUCAGCAUCCCCAAGGCGCCCGGGAUCGGACUGAUCCUGCGCAAGCUGCACUUCGACGGCUACAACAAAAAGAUACACCGCAUCAAUCAGCAAACCCUGAACCGACAGCAGAAGAGGCGGAAAGGACCAGCACAAAAGGGAGGAAACAGCCAGGAGGACGACCAGCUGAUGGUCUGGGACUCGAUCGACUGCAGUCGGUUCGACGCCCUCUUCGAGCGAUUCAAGCGUGAAACUCUGUUCCAUCGCAUCUUUCUCAACCAACCCUCUCAGCCAUCCAACGAGCCGCAGAACUCGAAGCCUGCCCAGCCGAUCUCCGCGGAUGACGAGAAAGUGGGGCCUGUAGAGGUGGUGGAUCCAAAGAAGGUAGAAGAAGAAUUAGCAGGCUCAAAAGAUCCCAAUCCAGCACCGACUCGGGGGCCCGCCAAGCGGCCCAAACACGGUCAAGCGCCCGAUGACGAGGAUGACGAGGAUGACGAGGCGCAUGCAGACGAGGAGACCGACUUCCUUCCUGCCGAGAACCAGGAGGGCGAGGAUCCAUUCGGGGUGUGGAUGAAUUACAUGGACGUCUAUACCGGAGCCGACCUUGACUUCUUGGAUCCGAAAUGGGGCUUACCUGAUCAAUAG